UCGAGGUUGUCGACACGUAUGUAUUGCACACUUGUGAUUACCAAAGACACUUGUCAGAAUGAAGCCGGCGGGACUGGAGUGUCAGUUUUCUUCUAAGUGUUAUUAGUCAGGGUAAAGGAUUAAAUGUGAAAUGCACUCAAAGGACAUACAAAUACGACCCCUAAGAGAAGAUGAAAUUGGACUUGCAUACGAGUUAGAAAAAGAAGGUUAUCCGGAAGAUGAGGCGGCUACGUUUGACACGAUGAUGUACCGUCACAGUGAGGCUCCCGAACUCACGAUCGGGUACUUCGAUAAAGGGGAACUAAUCGGGUAUGUGUCUGGAACCCGUUUCCAUGAGCCAAACCUUACUCAUGCUGCCAUGAAUAUGCAUAUUCCCAACGGAGAAAGUGUGUGUAUCCACUCGGUUUGUGUGACGGAGAUACGGAGAAGACAGGGUAUCGCAUCAAGAAUGUUAGACUGGUACACCGAUACCAUGAAGACAACUGAAUUUGAUGUAAAGCGUAUUCUACUGAUCGCUCACUCUAAGCUCAUUCCUCUUUACACACGGGCUGGCUUUACCUUCAAAUGCAAGUCUGACAUUGUUCAUGGUAGGGAAACAUGGUACGAGAUGGAGAUGCUUGUAUAAGCCAGGAAAUAACGACAAAUGGGAACUCUCUCAAGGAUGAAAUAUAAUGGGUCCGGAAGUAUGACCGCCUCCAGGGAGCAAUAACGAUAUGAUUCCUUACAAAAAAAUAUUCCAUACAGGAAAUAAACCCUUUCUAGACUUUAGUCCUAUGACAUGAUUCACAAGAAGUUAAUUCAAGAACAUACGCCGGAAGUGGAUUUUGAAACGAGGCCCAUGAAAGCAUACUUCCAGACAGUGUGAUAAGAAUAUUUGCAUUUAUUCAACAUUUCAGUUCAUUCAAGUAAAACGGAUAGAAAUACUUAGCCUCUAAAAUAAAAAUACAAAAGGUGAUAAAUAAUAUCCUGAGAUUUUUCUGUUCCCUGAAUAAGUAAUGCAAUUUACAGGAUAUACACAAUUUUGGUCCUGUUGAAAACAAAAUGAAAGGAGUUUUAAGUUAGCUAGAUGUGGACGUAAAAUGAUGUAGGAUUGAAUUUUUAUAUAUUUGUUAACUUUUAAAAAGGAGGCUGCAGUGGAUGAAAAAAAACGAAUGAGAGUGUGACAGUCAAUGUGAAAGGAAGUUCUGCGGCUGCGCGUCUGUGAUAAAAGUGCUUUAUUGUAAUCGAAUGGUAUUUUGUAUGGGUUCUUUAUCUGUUUUGAAUGUCAAAUGUGCAAGUGUUACUGUUUCUUGCGGGCUAAGAUUAGAUCAAAUGAUGUUACUAAUAGGUAUUUAAAAUUUGUAUGUGUAAGUUAUUACUUCCAUUGUAAUUUAAUUGAUUAAUUUUGAAAAUAUCAUUUUUGAGUGUAAGUACGUAUUGCCAGCUGUUAAUGUCUUAACAUUGCUUGUAUAAGGUGUUACAUGUGAUAAUCUUAAAUUAGAAAUUAUUUAAGAAUUUUUAUCAGACAUCAACAUAUGUAAUUUUGAAUUCCUGCUUUAAUUAGUACUGAAUGCUAGGCACCCUAGUAGUAUUUGUUAAUGUCGGUUAAUGGAAGAUAAGGAAACUGUAUCUAACUUAAUUUUUUUGUUUCCGGUUGCAAAUUAAACUACAUAUAUUUUUUUGACUUAUUCUAUGGAGGAAUAAAUCAAUGUAUUUUGUUGCAAUAAUACGCUCAUAUAUUUUUCAAAAUGACGAAGAGAUUCUGCAGGUAUGACAGUGUUUCUCCAUGCCCCGAAUAAAUAAAUAAAAUUAUUUAAUAGAAUAAUGAACUACAUGUCAUAUAUUACUAUUGUAUGGUUGGAUACCUAUAUAUUGAAUGAGAGUAAAUGUUUUAUUAUUUAUAAUUAAAUUGCAAUACUUUUUGAAAUAAAUUUAUGCAUCUAUCAA